AUGAAAUUACGACAAGCCGCCUUUGCGGCGCUAUCACUCGCUAUUUCUCAUGUUCAACGCACAUACGCAUCUGCGUUGACAACGGCUAUCCCAGCAGGUCAGAAGAUGUGCUUCUAUGCCGAAGUGGACAAGGAGAAGGAAAAGAUUGGCUUCUACUUUGCAGUCCAGUCUGGAGGCACAUUUGACAUCGAUUUCGAAGUCAGGGACCCGCGAGAUGUUGUCAUUCUAGAUGGCAAGCAGGAACGACAGGGCGACUAUAUCAUGACGGCCAAUCAUAUCGGAGAAUACUCGUUCUGCUUUGAAAACGACAUGUCGACGAUAACCGAAAAGCUAGUCGACUUUGAUAUCAUGGUCGAGAGCGAACCCCGAAAGGAGACACCAGGGAAACCUUCGCAACUAUCUGAGCAUACUAGCGCGCUCGAAGAGAGCAUCUUCAAGCUCAACGGCAUGCUUUCGAGCAUCGAGCGUUCGCAGAAGUACUUUCACACUCGCGAAAACCGCGGUUUCUCGAUUGUAAAGUCGACCCACGACCGUAUUUUCUGGUACUCUUUCCUGGAAUGUAUCGGGAUCGUGGGCAUGGCUUGUGCCCAAGUCUAUGUUCUCCAGACAUUCUUCAACCGCACCGGUCGCAAGUACAAGGUAUAA